AGCGGGCAGGGGGGUCCGGUUGCUACUGCCGCUGCGCUCUCUCAGCUCGCCGGGAGGCAACGGGGGAGAGGCGAGCGCUGGCCGGCGGCGGCGGCAGCAGCAGUGCUCAGAGCAGGCGGCGGCUGGAGCGAGCGCAGAGGAUUUUAAACUCUCCCAAGUACAAGAAGUUAACUCCAGAAUCAACUUCCCAGGGACUUGCUUCCAGUUCUCAGAUGCGAAGGUAGAAUUAAGAGUUUUUUAAAAUAAAAGCAAAGAAAGAAGAAAAUAGUUUGAAUGGAAGUGUCCAAGAUUCCUUUGUUGUGUGAAUCAUUGAAUCAUUCAAAGUGGGUAAUCACUGAUUCAGACUGUUCAGAGAGGUGAAACAACUUUCAACCUCUAAGAAGAGGUAGUGAAAGAAGAAUUCCUAGAGCCUAACCUGCUUUGGAUUUUCACUCAAAAGGGCAUAGACUAUGGAGUCCUCUCCCGCAAGAAUAAAUCAGCAUGCAUCUGUAGAGUGAAGCUAUCUUUCCAGAAAAAAAAGUUAUUUAAAUAAGCAGCUGAACUGCACACCACAUGCACAGAUUAGGAAAAGAAGAUUUUCUGUUCUCAAUCUGCACAGCAAGAAUGUACUGGAAAAAACAGUAGAAAGCAGCAAUGAAAUAAAGGAUUGUUAUCUAGUGAAUUAUCUUCUCAUCUUCACACACUCCAGCUCAAGCAGUACCUGCAGGUUUGUCAGCCUCUUCCAUUCACAAGUUGAGAUAUUCAUGUCCUGGCCUGGAGUAAUGCAACAUAGUAUUUGUACACCUCAUAGCCUUUGAGGUAUUAACAUGACAACCAGCAGCCGCACGUGUCCAGUACCAACAGUGAACGGACAUAUGAAUCACUAUCCAACAGCCCCAUAUCCAUUACUUUUUCCUCCAGUCAUCGGUGGACUUUCACUUCCUUCCCUUCAUGGACUCCAGGGUAACCCCCCAACUAGGGGAUGCAGCACCCCAUCACCUGCAACCAUCGAAACUCAGAGCACCAGUUCUGAAGAACUUGUCCCAAGCCCACCUUCCCCACUUCCUCCCCCUCGUGUUUACAAGCCCUGUUUUGUCUGUCAGGACAAGUCAUCUGGAUAUCAUUAUGGCGUCAGUGCCUGUGAGGGAUGUAAGGGUUUUUUCCGCAGAAGUAUUCAGAAGAACAUGGUUUACACGUGUCACAGAGAUAAAAACUGCGUUAUUAAUAAAGUCACUAGAAAUCGCUGCCAGUACUGCAGACUACAGAAGUGCUUUGAAGUGGGAAUGUCCAAAGAAUCUGUCAGAAAUGACAGGAACAAAAAGAAGAAAGAGCCUUCAAAGCAAGAGUUUACUGAAAACUAUGAAAUGACAGCAGAGUUGGAUGAUCUCACUGAGAAAAUUCGAAAAGCUCACCAGGAAACCUUCCCCUCUCUCUGCCAGCUGGGGAAAUACACUACGAACUCUAGCGCAGACCAUCGGGUUCGACUGGACCUUGGGCUUUGGGACAAAUUCAGUGAACUUGCUACAAAGUGCAUUAUUAAAAUAGUGGAAUUUGCGAAACGAUUGCCUGGCUUUACAAGUUUGACCAUUGCAGACCAGAUCACCCUGCUUAAAGCAGCCUGCCUGGACAUCUUGAUCCUUAGAAUUUGCACAAGAUACACACCAGAGCAAGACACUAUGACAUUUUCAGAUGGCCUUACCCUAAACCGAACUCAGAUGCACAAUGCUGGAUUUGGUCCGCUAACUGACCUUGUGUUCACAUUUGCCAACCAACUCCUGCCUUUGGAAAUGGAUGACACAGAAACAGGCCUACUUAGUGCCAUCUGCUUAAUUUGUGGAGACCGCCAGGACCUUGAAGAACCAGCAAAAGUGGAUAAGCUACAGGAGCCAUUGCUGGAAGCACUGAAAAUUUAUAUCAGAAAGAGACGACCCAACAAGCCUCACAUGUUUCCAAAGAUCUUAAUGAAAAUCACAGAUCUUCGCAGUAUCAGUGCAAAAGGUGCAGAACGUGUCAUUACAUUGAAAAUGGAAAUCCCUGGAUCAAUGCCACCUCUUAUUCAGGAAAUGUUGGAGAACUCUGAGGGACAUGAACCACUGACACCAAGCUCCAGUGGAAAUACAGCAGAGCACAGUCCUAGCAUCUCACCCAGCUCAGUGGAUAAUAGCAGUGUCAGUCAAUCUCCACUUUUGCAAUAAGACAUUUUACAGCUACUUUAGACAUUCCUAAUACCUUAUGUACAGGGAUGAAAAAAGCAAGAGAAACAUUUUUACUGCUGCUUAGUUUCUGGACUUAAUAUAUAUAUAUUAUAUUAAAACUCAAAAAGGACCAAGAUGUUUUCAUAUGUAUCAGUAUAUUACUCCUUGCUGUUUAAAACUAGAAAAUGUUUGAAACUCUAAAUCAGCCAUUUCAAUCAGCAACAAGAAACUAGUUAAGCUUCUAUUUUCUCUUCUGAACAACCAAGACUGCAUGGUGACAAGACCAAUCUCAAACUUUAAAUUCUGGUUACAUUUCUGAUGACUUUGUACAUACAAAUGUAUGGCUCUACUUUCUAUACUGGAUGUUUGGUGCUUUCCUUUUUUGUCUUGCAUAUCUAAAAGGAUCAGGACAUCAAGUUUAUAAAAAAUGGAGUACUUGUACCUGUCCAGCUAAGAACAUUUAAAAAGACAUUCUGAUUUAGUUAGUGUGAAAAUGUGUCAUUGCUCUUUUUGAUGCCCUCAGUUUGCAUCUCUUAUUCCAUCUCCUUCCCCAUAAAAGUAUUCAAAAAAUCUGCACUAGCAGAAGGGACUUCUGUAUCAGUGUAACUACCAGCUCAGUUAUUCAGAUGUCAUUUGUUCUACUGUUAAUGUCACUUUAAAUUUUAAAAAGUGGUUUAUUACUUGGCUGAUGACAUAUCUACACAUUUUUAAAAAACCUACAUUUUUUUCAGUGAUAGCCUCCAAGGCAGAAACACUUUUCAGUGUUACCAUGUUUUUGUUUACUUGUUCACAAGCCAUUAGGGAAACUUCAUGGGAUAACCAACAGGCUUAUUCACUACUUUUGAACUGGUGAGUCUAGUUUAUUUCCUUAAGAAACUGGGGCCAGGAGUUGGGCUUUCCCAACACACCUGAUGCCAGCGGGCUACCACUAGGACUUCCAAAAUACAUGGGGGAGAGAAUCUGGCUUCUUGACCUUGUUAAAUCACCAUGAAUCAGAGUGAAAACAGUGGUAGAAUGGUUAACUGAUUAAAAAAGUGUCAGUUUCUUAGGUUUCAUUUAAAGCACUAGUGGAUUUUUUUUAUUAUAUAUAUAUAUAUAUUCUAGCAAGUCUGUGAUGUACUUUCACUGGCUCUGUUUGUACAUUGAGAUUGUUUAACAAUGCUUUCUAUGUUCAUAUACUGUUUACCUUUUUCCAUGGAGUCUCCUGGCAAAGAAUAAAAUAUAUUUAUUUUAAAA